UGUCGCACCGAGACGUUUAGCCGACUCGUCAGUCGUCAUCCUCCGCAGCGGUUCCGUGUUGUUUAUUGUGUUGUUUAAUUUUGUAGAGUUGUUUGUUUGUUGUAUUUUGCUGUCUAAGCUAGUCAGCGUCGGUUCGCGUCAACAUGUCGGCUGCGGAGGACGACACGGAGCUGAGGGACCUGCUGAUCCAGAACCUGGAGAACAGCGGGGUCCUGAACAAGCUGAAGGCUGAGAUGAGGGCGGCUGUGUUCCUGGCCAUGGAGGACCAGGACCGACUGGAGAACAAAUCACCACUUGUCAACGAAAACCUGAAUAAGUGUCUGAACUCAAAAGACGGUCGCCUGGUAGCCAGUCUGAUCAUGGACUUCCUGCAGGUCUUUAACCUGGACUUCAGCCUCGCCGUGUUCCAGCCAGAGAUCAACUCGCUGAACGGUCUGGACAGCCGGGAACUGGUCUGCAGAGAGUUGGGUCUGUCCGACUCGGAGCAGAACCAGAACUCGCCUCUGCUCCUGGAGCUCAUCAGGAGAAACCGACACGGGGACAAGCGGGCUGUCCCUACCAAGGUCCCGAAGGAACUUUCUCAGGAACAAAUGGCCGACGCCCGCAAGUGGUUUGAAUUUUACGACAAGGAUCAGAGCGGUUCCGUCUCAACAGAAGUUCUGACGUCCGUUUUCUCGGAUCUGUUCCCAAAUAUGAACAAGAACAUGUUGGAGAGAUUCGUCUGUGAUGAGCUCAGAGCUGUAGACAGGAACCUCUCCGGCGGGAUCGACUUCCAGGCAUUCCUGGGGAUGUGCAGACAUCUGUUCAGCCAGUGCCGAAGCGUGGUGGUUCUGGACCCGGACCUGGAUGUGAGUCCACCUCAAAACCAGAUUCCUGAAGACAAAGUUGGAUCUCCUCCCGUCAGUCAGAUCCCCAGGUACAAGGUCCAGAAGAGUCCAGCUGCUGCCAAGGAGCUGGAGCGAGCCUCCUCCCUGGGCCAGCCCGACCUCCAGCAGUCCAACAACAGAACCGCCUCCUCGGCCGUGAGGAAGGAGAGUCUGGACCUGGAGGGAGAGGAGGACCACGAUGAAGGAGACUCGUUCUUCGAUGACCCGCUGCCUGAACCACAGAAGACCUACGGCUGUCAAAACUCUCCGAGGGGAGAAAAGGAUUUGUCAGAGUGGACCGGCACUCAGGACGUUGUCCCUCUGAGGGAGGAGACUCCGUCAGGGACGCUCAUCUCCCCCAUGAGGCGAGGCAAAAGCCUCAGCGAUCUCUCGGUCCUUGCUGGGGACCCAGAGUUGGAGCGAGACAAUCCUGUCUCAGAUCACAGCUCAGAGCUCAGGAAGGUGGAAACGCCCGGGGUCAGGGGGAGUCCAGUCGGGUCUCAGUCCGAGGGCUGCAGACUAGCGGGAGGAGGAGGAGGGAGCAGUGGAUCGGAGCCGAGCCGCAGCAGAAACGGGGCAUCAAACUCCAGAGAGAAAGGCUUCCGUGGGCUGAGCGACCGAACUGGGUCUCUGCAUCUAGAUGAUGACGUUGAAUAUGACGAUGAUUUCAACAGCCACCGGUCGGACCUCUCCAACGGAGAGCUGAGCAUCGGCGAGGAGAUUGAGGAAGUUUCCAUCGAAGGUCCUGAAAACAGCGACAAGUUUGAUGAGUCCACCCAGGACCUGAGCGUCUCUCAGCUCAGCCAGAGCAACGUCGGGGAUUAUAUGGAGGACGUGUCCUGAAUCUCCCAUCAUGCACCUCUUCCUGUACAGAUUUAUAGAAACGACUAACGAGCUUUGUGCUGCUGAGAGUGAUGAUGAUGAUGAUGAAAGAUUUGUUUCUAUUUAUCUGGAACUUUCUGAGGAAACACGAGUCGUCGUAACAACAGGAAGUAACUUUUCAGUCUAAAAGGAGAAGAAGAAAUUUUCUUCAUCACAUUUGAAUGGGUUCAGCUCUGUGAUGCUGUACGGAAAGCAGUUUUACUCCAUAUUAAACUAAGAUGUGAAUAAUGAAAAUAAAUUAACUGAAUCAAG